CUUCUCAACCAAAUCCGUAUCGGAAAAAUACCUGCCUGGGGAGCGAGGAUGCUUAAGGAGCUGGGCAGGCAACCUUCGAAAACCUUACUGGAGCCCACGUAUCUGUACGCAACAAACAAACCUGUGCGCGCAAGAAACGAAGCCCGUCUCGCCUCUCUUGUGGAUCCACCCGUUUACUAUGAGGCCCGGAAUAGCAUCAACACCGACCUCAUCGACAUCCAGAGUGGCGAGAGACAACUUAGCACGCUACCGGCAAUCCAGAUGCUGUCGCUCAAACUCGGCGCACAGGUGAUGCUAAUCAAAAAUGUGGAUGAGACGCUCGUCAAUGGAACGGUAGGGGUGGUCUGUGCAUUCUGGAGGGCUAGCCAUGGACAUUUGGCCGGGGCCAAUAUCAUGGAUGAGUAUGAUACGCCCAAGUCCCAAAAAGAGUAUGUUGGCAAGUUAUGGAGGAAGGAGGAACCAUAUCCUGUUGUCAAGUUCACAACAUCGAGCGGGGAUAGGACAGUGAUAGUAGGCAGGCACGAGUUCCGCUCAGAGACAUACAGUGGCCAAACCCUGGUCUGUCGCAUUCAGGUGUGCACUCUUUCCUCGCUCCAGCCUCGCCGAGCUUGA